GCGGAGUAUAAGAGAAGGUUUGAGUAGUGAAAGAAUACUGUACGUGAACAAUCAAGCUAAGAGCUAAGCAGAAUGACGGCCGAAAUACAGAGGCCAAAGAACAUAGGAGGGCUAGUUGUCUUAUUAAUAGCUCUGGGGCAUUGCUUGGGACAAGAUGUACAACAGAGGGUAGCAUUUCCUCACCUGCAGGGCAGAGGUCAGCAGCAACAAACUCAUUUGGAUUUUAAACCAAAAGAGGAAUGUAGCCCUGGAUUUUACCGUGAGAAUAAAGGAUUAUUUACAGGACGCUGUGUACCCUGCAAUUGCAAUGGAAAUUCAAAUAGAUGCCAGGAUGGUUCUGGAAUAUGUAUUGGCUGUCAACAUAAUACUGCUGGGGAAAAAUGUGACCGUUGUAAAGAAGGUUAUUUUGGCGAUGCCAGUCAAGGUUCCUGUAGGGUGUGCUCUUGUCCUUACACAAACAGUUUUGCAACUGGCUGUGUGGCAAAUGGUGAAGAAGUUCAGUGUUUCUGCAAAGAAGGUUAUACUGGAGUACAUUGUGAAAGCUGCGCUCCGGGAUAUUUUGGGAAUCCACUAAAAUACGGGGGUUACUGUCAGAAGUGUAAUUGUAAUAAUAAUGGUCAGUUGGUUAGCUGUGAUCGUCUUACUGGAGAAUGCUUAAACCAAGACCCAAAAGAUGUGGAUCCCGAUGAAGAUUGCGAUGCUUGUGAUAGUUGUGUAAUUACUUUGCUGAAAGAUUUGAGCACAAUGAGUGACGAGCUUCAGUUGAUUAAGUCUCAGCUGCAAAAUGUCAAUGCAAGCACCCACACACUGGGACAGAUGAGGCAUUUGGAAACACGCACCAAGGAGUUAAAAAUCUUGUUGAACAGUUACCGUUCAGCUGUUCUGAAUCAGGGCUCAAAGGCAGAUGAGCUGGAGACAGACUUGAUCAAUCUUGAUCAGGAUGUAAAUGCACUACAAGAAAAGGUUGAAAUGAAUUACAGGAAAGCCGAGACAUUAUUUAAUAAUUUUGGUCAGACUAAUCAAAAAGGAAAAGAUUUGGUUUCAAAAAUACAAAUUGUCAUCAUCAAUAUUCAGGAGCUCGUGGAACAGAUAGCUGGCACCAAUGGAGAAGGCAACAGAUUGCCCAUGGGAGAUGCUACCAAGGAACUGGCCGAAGCAGAACAGAUGAUGAGAGAGAUGCGAAAACGCAACUUCGUACAACUGCAAAUAGAUGCAGAGAGGGAGAGAAGAGAAGCUCAACUCUUGCUGGAGCGUGUUAGGAAUGAGCUACAAAAGCACCAGCAAGAAAAUCAAGGAGUUGUUAAAACUAUAAGAGAUUCAUUAAACAAAUAUGAAUCCAAACUCAAUGACCUUCGUGAAGCUCUGAAUGAAGCAACUGGCCAAACGAAGCAGGCUGAAAACUUAAACAAAGAUAAUGGAGUGCUCUUGGAAGACAUUAAGAAACAAAUUGAAGUGAUGAAUAAACAACAGAACGAUGUCUUGGGUCAUCUCAACUCUGCCCAAUCUUCCUUGUCUCAGACUAACAGCAUACUUGGAUUACUGCAGAAGAGCAAAGAGGAAUAUGAAAAUCUAGCUGCCAAACUAGAUGGAGCGAGGAAAGACUUGAUUGAAAAACUGAAGAACCUUUCCUUAUCAGCUAGCAAAGAGCCACUGGUGGUGAGGGCAGAGGAGCAUGCCAAGUUUUUGCAAGACCUGGCAAGACAACUGGCUGAAAUUAAGAGAAACGCCAGCAAUGAUGAGUUGGUGAACUGUGCCAUGGAAGCUGCUACUGCCUAUGAAAAUAUUAUUAAUGCCGUCAACGCAGCUGAGGAAGCAGCCAACAAAGCUGUAAAUGCAGCUGAUUCAGCUUUACUGACUGUGGAGAGGGAAGACCUAUCAGGAAAAGCCAAGAGACUGAACACUGAAAGCAGCAAUCUAUUAAAUCAAGCACAAAUGACACAAAAGACAUUACAAGAUAUUAAUCCAACUCUUGAAGAUAUAAAGCAGAGACUGGGUAUUGUGGAAGGGAAGAAGAACAGGAUGCGGACGGACCUUGAUUCUUUUCAAAUUAAUCUCAAUGGGAUAAACAGAGAUGACAUAGACAGCGUCAUUACCAGUGCAAAGAACAUGGUAAAAAAUGCUAAUGAUAUCACUGCUAAUGUACUGGAUGAACUGAACCCCAUUAAAGCCGACGUGGAAAAAAUAAAGGGCACCUACAGAAGCAAUCAGAGUGCUGACUUGAAUAAGGCUUUGAUGGAAGCAAACAAUUCAGUAAAGAAAUUAACAAGCAAGCUCCCGGACCUGUUUAACAAGAUUGAGAGCAUCAACCAACAGCUGAUGCCAAUAGGCAACAUAUCUGAGAAUGUAAACCGCAUAAGAGAGCUCAUUCAGCAGGCCAGAGAUGCUGCAAACAAGGUUGCUAUUCCCAUGAGGUUCAAUGGUCGUUCUGGGGUAGAGGUUCGACCUCCAAGUGAUCUUGAGGAUUUGAGAGGCUAUACUUCCCUUUCUUUUUUUCUCCAAAGACCUCUGCCAAGACAAGAGAGCCUGCAACAGUCUUCAAAUAUGUUUGUAAUGUACCUGGGCAAUAAGGAUGCCUCCAAGGACUACAUUGGUAUGGCUGUGAGAAAUGGUCGUCUAAUUUGUGUUUAUAACCUGGGAGGCAAUGAAGCUGAAAUAGAAGUGGACCCAUCAGUGACUGAGAGUAACACUGAGGAAGCUACUUUGGAUCGGGUGAAGUUUGAAAGGAUUUACCAGUAUGCAAAGUUGAGUUACGUUAAAGCAGCCACCUCAGACAAAAAGACUUUUGACAGUAGCAGUGGGAGCAGUCACACACUCCUAAAUCUGGAUCCCAACAGUGUUGUCUUUUAUGUGGGAGGAUACCCACUAGAUUUUCAGCCUCCCAGUGCACUAGACUACGGUCAUUACCGAGGCUGCAUUGAAUUAGACAACCUAAAUGAGAAUGUUAUUAGCCUGUACAACUUCAAGAGGACAUUUAAUCUCAAUACCACUGAAGUGGAGCCAUGCAGUAGAUAUAAAGCAGAGUCUGACCAAAACUAUUUUGAAGGCACAGGCUAUGCACUUGUCACAGCUAGAGAAGCAAAUUUUUUUCAUUUGUACUACGAGCAGGAAAUUCAAACUACUGCAGAUGAAGGCUUGGUGUUUUUUGCAGAAAACCAGGAUCAUUUCAUUAGUUUGAACAUUGAAAAUGGCCAUCUGGUGUUCAGAUACAAACUUGACUCUCAACCUCCAAAGGAAAUAGCAAGCAAUAAAGCAGUUGUAAAUGAUGGAACAUAUAAGCAAAUUAAAAUAUACAUUUCUAGUAGACAAAAAUCAGUUGUGAUUAGUCCUUGGAUUAAAGCCAACAUCAGUGUCUUUAAGUUCACCACAUACUACCUGGGUGGAAUUCCAUCUUCUCUGCGGGAACGCUUUAAUAUCUCCACAUCUCCAUUCCGUGGUUGCAUGAAGAAUGUGAAAAACCCCAUCCCUGCAUCUGUUACUUUUACUGAGACCAUUGGUGUCAGUAGGAAAUGUUCCGAUGACUGGAAGCUUGUGAGAUCUGCAACUUUCUCCAAGAACGGAAUACUGGAUUUGAAUAAUGAGGGUUUCCCAUUUCCCAGCAAUUUCCAAGUCGGAUUUGGCUUUCGUGCGUUGGCACCCAGUGGAACGUUAUUAAAUUACAAUAUAUUGUCUUCUAUGCUUAGCAUCUUUCUGAGAGACGGCUUUGUAAUCGUAAGGAUGACAGAUGAGGAAAAACAAUCCAGCAAGAAAUAUGAAGAUGGUUCAAUGCAUUAUGUGUCAGUAAUCAAAGAUGACAACAUGGUCAGGCUGCUGGUUGAUGACUUGCCUGUGUCAAUGGCUGUUGAACCUCAAGGAAUGUCUAAAAAAUUAAGUUAUUCUAUAAGAUUGGGUGGGGAUGAUUUUGAAGGCUGCAUCUCCAAUGUCUUUAUACAAAGGACAGGUCAGCUCCCUCAAGUUCAAAAUCUAGUCAAUUAUACUGAGAAGACUGGUGUAUCUGUGGGAGCCUGCAGGAUAUACAAGUCACCCCAGCCAAUGCUGCUGAAAGAAUUAGCAGAUCCUCACAGCUCUAAGAUUUUCAAGUUACAGAAGGAAAAGCACCUUGCUUACCUGACAGGUGCUGAAGUGCAGCUAGACCAGAAAAGCUGUGCUUUACCUACUCAGCUAAAUUUCAUCAAUGGAGCUUAUCAGUUUGGCAACACUCCCAACAGUCAUUUGCUGUAUACACUUUCUCAGGCAUCAGUGACAGACAGGUCACAUUUUUCAGUAGACGUACGGACUGCAUCAUCGGGAGGAAUGAUAUUUUUUGUGGGAAAUAAGCCUGAGAGCUCUUAUAUGGCUCUUUACAUUUCCAAGGGACGUUUUGUCUUUUCAUUUGGUGCUGGAGGAAAGAAAAUUAAAAUCAAAAGCAAAGCAAAAUACAAUGAUGGGCAGUGGCAUACUGUGGUAUUCAGUAUGCAUGGGAAGAAUGGCCAUCUUGUUAUUGAUGGUCUGAGGGCCAGGGAAGGAAAACUGGCAAGUAAUUCCACCUUCAGCACUAAGCCACCAGUCUAUCUGGGUGGGCUUCCAUCCCUGAAAGUACAGAAUAUACCAAGAAAGAGUUUUGUAGGUUGCCUGAGAAAUUUUAAAAUGAAUGGAAAGCUCCUGAAUACUCCUGAUCGAAACACUGGUGUCCCUCCGUGUUUGGAUGGCUCUUUGGAGACUGGAAUAUAUUUCUUUAAUGAAGAGGGAUAUAUUGUCAUUGAUAACGCUUUUGUGAUGGAUUUGGAAUUUAAGAUCAUAUUUAACAUUCGUGUGAGAAGUCUAACAGGUGUCCUACUCCAUACUGGAAACAAACAAGGCAACUAUUUAACUGUUUACUUGGAGGCAGGAAAGGUCACUGCCUCUGGAAAUAAUGGUGCUGCAGAGUUCCAGACAUCCGUCACUCCUCAGCGGUCUCUAUGUGAUGGACAGUGGCACUCCAUAGCAGUAACUCAGAAACAGAACAUUGUGCACCUAGAUGUGGAUGCAAAGAGCAACUACACCGUUGGAUCAUCUGCCUCACAUUCUGCUAACGUGGGUCAUCCACUUUAUUUUGGAAGAGUUCCAGCAGAUUUGGAAACACCUUUGCUUCCUGUUCGGGACUCGUUCCUUGGCUGUCUGCAGAACAUUAAAAUAAAUGACAAAGCUGUCUCUGUCAGCAAAAUUUCAGAGGUUCAUGGUGCAGUCAGCUUGAAUGGAUGCCCUGCCAAUUAACUCUGCCAUUACAUAAUAAGGGAAUUAUUUGUACCCUCGUUGCGUUGGGUCUCCUGAUGUACUGUAUGAAUUACUGCAAUAUGGGUUCUCCUUCCCUGAUCACUGUGUUACUCUCGUCAAUUAUGAUGUUCAAAAUGGCUUACAAGUUGAUGCAUCUUCUGGAAUGGUGGCCUGUGCCAAAGCUAAUUAAAAGUAUUGGCUUUGUUAGACUCCUUAUUACAUUUGA